AUGGCUAUUGAAUCCCCAAAAAUCGUUGCUGAAUCUAUGCAGGAAGAACAACCUUCCACAGAAAAGCGCGGCUUGCUGGCCAAGCUGCCCACUGAAAACUUUGCAGAAACUGAAUCUGAAAAUGAAGAACUUGUUGAAGACUCCUCCGACAUCAAAGAUCCAUCUGAGGUCCACAAGCUUCUAAGCCUUUUACCACCUGCGGCUGUUUCUGCAUGCACCGCAGAGGUUUCUAUGACAUCCUUUUGGCUCGGCGGGUUGUUUGGAGCGUGCUUUGUCUCGACCAUUUUCCUCUUUUCGCAUGUCAUUUCUACUUUCUCAAUCCCAUUGACUGCUGGAACCACAGUCAUUGCAGCUUAUAUCACACGUCUUCCCGCAAUUCUGCCAUGGCAGUUACCAGCAUACGGCUCUAUUCUCGGUGUCUUCCAUUUCCUUGAAUACUGGACUACAGCUGCUUAUAACCCAGACAAGGUCUCGCCGUCAUCGUUCCUUCUCCGGAACGGCUCUGUCUACAUUAUUGUCCACAUCGUUGCGCUGGCCGAAACGUUGCUUGAACGCUAUUUACUGACCUUCUUUGCUCCAUCCAUCCGUUUGCUUUCAAUCUCCACAGCAGCCGCUUCUUAUGAUCAGGCUUUUUGGAAAACACCUGCCUUUGCCUUUUACGUCUCUCUUGUAGGGCUUGUGGUGACACUUCUGGGCCAGUUGUUGCGCUCGACUGCAAUGAUCCAUGCCGCAUCAAACUUCUCGCACGUAAUUAUGCGCUCACACCAUAAAUCUCAUGAAUUAGUUACCACUGGAGUCUAUAGUGUCUCCCGCCAUCCCUCUUACGCUGGCUUUUUUUUCUGGGCUCUCGGUACCCAGAUUCUUCUACUAAACCCUAUCUCAUUGAUCUUAUUCCUCUCGCUUCUUUGGCCUUUCUUUAAUGACCGCAUCCAAGACGAAGAACAAUAUCUUGUCUGCUUCUUUGGAAAUGACUACGUUGAGUAUAGAAAACGAACUCCAACAUUGAUCCCAUUUAUUAAAUAG